AUUCAGCCGGCAAGUGUUGUUUACAGUUACCGGAAAGAAUUUGCGUAUGAAGCAGCGAACAAGUCAAAUUAGCAAUGCAUAUAGCAACAAACAUAUAUACAUACAAACAUACAGGUGAAGCGUUAUAAAAAGUGAAGCUAUUUAUUAAAUUUUGCACAAUAUGCUAAACUUUUUGAAACAAGCCCGCAGAUUUUUUGAUUCGGCAGAGCCCAUUUGCAUUGUUUUGGGCAAUGAAUCGUGCGAUUUGGAUUCCGCGGUUUGUGCAGUCACUCUCGCCUACCAUUAUCAACAACAAAAUGAUGUCUCCAACAACCAAAUCACGCGUAAUUUUCUGCCAGUCCUCAAUAUACCACGUCGUGAUUAUACGCUUAAAACUGAAGUGAAUUACAUUUUCCGCCAACACGCUAUUGGUGACGAGCAUUUAACUUUUCGCGAUGACCUACAGGAGGAUCUUUUAACACGCAGUGAAUUUAUUUUGGUAGAUCAUCAUGUUAGCCCAUUUACUACACGUUGUCUGGAAGUUUUUGAUCAUCGCAUAUUUGAUGAGCAAGCACAGCUAUCAAAUGUUUGCCAACUACAUAUAGAAUUAGUAGGUUCAUGCGCGACGCUAAUAGCAGAAGAGAUACUUAAGUCUAUAUCAAUGCCUGACGCUGUAGCUAAAGACUAUGAGACACUAUUUACGUUGUUGCGCAGCACAAUAGUGCUAGACACAGUAAAUUUCAGUGCGUCUGCUAACCGUGCAACACCAAAAGAUAUCGAAAUCUGUGCAAAACUUGAAGAAUUGUUGAGUAAGCUAAGUAACGGCAAGCCUCUAAGUGAGCGCACGAAAUUAUUCGACAUUCUAGUGGCGGCGCGCGCAGAUAUUAGCAGCUUAACAUCAAUGCAGCUUUUACGCAAAGAUUUAAAAAUACUUUCAAAUGGCAAUGGCAGUGUGAAUAUUGCUAUACCAGGUUUUCCAAUGUUAGUGCAGCAAUUUAUAGAGAGAACAGAUGCAGCGACUGCGGUUAAAGCAUUCGCAGAGGAGACAAAUUCUGUAAUUGUAAUACUAAUGGGUAUGUUAGUCAAAAAUGGCAACGUGCAACGUGAUAUUGGUUUGAUAGACUUUAAAUCGAAACAACUAUGUCAAACGAUACGUGAAACCCUUUUGACAACCACUGAGCCAGCGCUUGGUUUACAGCAUUAUGAAAAUUGCAAUUUUCUUAACGGCAGCUUGUAUAAAAUAUGCAACAUAAAAGCGACACGCAAGCAUGUCUUACCACUGGUGAAACAACUUUUAGACCGAAUGCAAUAGUUUGUUAAAGCAUAGUCAGGAUUCACAAAAUAAUUUGCUUUAUUAGAUGCUCUAAAAAAAUUAAUUUAUUUAAAAUCAUUAACAACCAGUUCUUCAAAUUUCUUCGGCUCCAGCUCCAGCACCAUCAUCAGCAUUAUCUUCACCCAUGGCGUCAUCUUCACAGUCCAACGCUAGAUCUUCCAACAUUUCUGCCAGCGUAAUUUGUGGCACGCUAUCGUUUGCCGCUUGCUUAUCAUUACUAUCCACAGGCAGUGCCUUUUUAGCAUCACGAUAAAUGUUAAUCUGUUUGCGAUAAUCUGCGUCCUCUUCUAAAUCUUCAAGGAAUUCAUGGAAGUCAUGUUUGCUGCGUUCAUCCGUUGCCUCAUCGGCUAAAUGACGUAACUUCCAAUUACGGCUAUUCGUACGUGUUUGGCGAUCAGCGUAGCACUUACGCACCAGCAGCACAUCAGGAAUUUGAUCCGCAGACAAAUUCUCAAAUUCAGUGUUGUUUAAAUUCGCUUCACCUAAAUUGUAGCCCAUUACAGAAUCGCCUACCUUUAGCAAAUGACCAAGAUGUGAACGUGUGUGUAUCGUAUUUUCAUUGAUGCCCAACUCGGAAGAACGCACCACCCAAAUAUCGCAUAAGACAUGACGAAAUGAUACUUGACCUGUGCCGGGUAUGUGUUUACGAUCUUUAUCCAUGAUUGGUUCAAUAUCCAUAACAAUAUAUUCGACCAAUUGUUUCGGAUCACAUAGCGCUUCAAAAGGAUUGCGGAAGUACAUCUGUCCUGGCAAUUCAGAUAUUUGCGCAGUCAUUGGAUCGAUUAAAUGUAUGCCUGUGGCUACUUUAUACACCAAGCAAACGGGUGAAAGACUACCCAGCUGUUGACGCAACUUCUUUGACAAACAAACUGCACUAUCCUUCGAUAAUGGAGCUAUUUCCACACACCAUGUGUACUUGUAAUUGAAAUUGUUGCUAUGAAUGUCAUGCGAAAUCAAACGUUUGGACGUGGUCACCUUAACUGGCACCAUAUACUGCAAAAAGUCAACCAUCUUCUUUGCAUGAUUGAAAUUCGCAUAAUAGAAAUCCAAACCACCAUGCAAUGCCUUAAUGCCCAACGUAUUUUCGUGCGCUUUAUGUUUCAAAAUCAGCUGUUCCAAAUAGUAAAACGUCUUUUUGUUUUCAGCGCGUUGUCGCACCUGCACCAGGCAAUGCCAGAAAUCUUUCGCCUCGGUACGAUGACAAUCAUCACACAUUUGAUUCUGCACAGUGAAUUCUACGAUGAAUACCUGUUGCAGCACGGUCCCUCCAUUAAUUUCACCAUGUACUGUCAAUUUGACUUUUAUGCGUUUGGAAUGUGGUUCUGUCCAGACGAAACCGGCAUCCACUAACUUGACAGCUUUUAAACCUUUCAACUUUUUUAAACAUAAAGCCAGCAGCUCUCGCGACUCCAAUGCUGCGGUUACCCACUCACCAGGCGGCUGUAAAUAGCGUUCACAGUUGCGACAAAAAUGCAAUACUGCCUGUUUCGGUAUGUUCUCCGUGAUGUCUAUAUGAUUGCGUAGACAUGUUACACACAUAUUAGAAGGAUUUGGUUCGAUUGGCACGCCACAUUCGCAACACAAGAUCAUGGUCGUUUUUGUGGGCUGUGACGACGGAUCUAUGUACUCCAUGCUUUGAUUUGUAUUUAAAAUUGAAAAAUCACAAACAAAUGUAAAUAGUUAGGAUUUGGCGAGGCUGCUACUUUCAAAUAUAUUUAAUAUGAGUUUUUAUGCGCAGUUUGCUUUUUGUUUUGAAACACGUGCAGAAAUAAAGUGCACUUAGCUGGCAGUCAACACAAAUGAAAAUGAAUUGCCAACUAUGCUUGUAAAAGUGAAUUGCUGAUUAUGGUGAAAUGCUAAAUAUCGUGCACAGUAGAUAUUUUCAUAAUCUAUGUUUAAUUUUUAAGUACAAUUAGAAAGCAAAUAAAGAAUAUCAAGAAA